AUAGAGAGAGAGAGUUACAAAAAAAAAAAAAACACUCAACAACUAAAAAGUUAUAUCUGAUAAUUUUCCAAUAAACAUGUCAUCGAUAAAAACAGAGUAGUUGUAUUUGGCAGGAUUAAGGCACCUAAGAGUUGUCAAUAGCGAAAGUAGUCAUUGAAAGAGAGAGAGAGAGAGAGAGAGAGAGAGAGAGAGAGAGAGAGAGAGAGGAAUUGUCAUUUCUUUAGUGCGAAUCAACAAUAGAAUUAUCAUGAGAAAGGACACUGGCCUGGGCUCAAAGGUCGGAUCUGGGAUGCACGCUUUUGAUUCGGGAAGAGGGCGUUUUAAAUGACCACUAAGAGUAGGAGAAAUGUUUUGGGGCAAAGUGAAAAAAGCAAACCUGUGGAGAAACCCACCGAUCUAUACUACAGUUGUUACUAUUGAUCAAAUGUCACCUCUUUGAACGCACGCGCUUGAAAGUUACACUACUUAUUGAGAAUUAUAUAAUAAAAAAUAAAAAAAACAACCAGCAUGUAACGCGUAUCGUGUCAUUUUAUCGCCGCUGACUGUUUAAAGAGCGAUUUACAUGCUAUUUAAAUGUCUCACUAAAUAAACAUGAAUUCUGUUCACAUGCUCUGUUUAAAUUUUUUUAAAUUGUAAUAACAUAUUAAAACAACAUAGGCUACUGAGCUGUUUAUGCCUAUAACAUGAGAUGAAGUAAGCAAAUUACAGGAAAGAAAAUGUUCAUUAAAGAACAUGUGUUUUUUACAUUGCACCCAACUGUGUGUGAGUGUGUGAGACAGAGGCGACAGAGAGAGGGGGGAACAGAAACAGAAUUGAAUAUAUUAACAAUUUUAAUAAAAUGUUAUGCAGUGCUUUUUGGUUCUGUCGAGUCUACUGUUAAAAAUAAUAUCUGAAGAAGCAUAUCCUAUCAUCAUUGCUCAUCGACUCAAAGCGGAUAAAGUACGUAGCCUACAUUGCGUUCGACUCUGACAGGAAUAAUAUGAAUUUGUCCAGAAAAGCUAAAAAGAGGGAAGUGGUUGUUUUUUCGCGCUGUCUAGUUUUAGCAGUUUCUCCUCGCAUUCGGAUGCAUCUUGAUUCUUCCUCGUGCACGCAUCUCAAGAUCCAGCAUGAUGGGACAGACCGUGAACGUAAAUAGGCAGUACAUUGAGGUGUUACGACAGAUAAAAGUCAAAUUGCAUUUAUUACACCUAAAAAUGAAUAUACUUUAUAACGAUUUUACAAAUGUUAUGUCAUGCAUAGUAUGCUGCGUGUUGCUAACGUGUUGUUUUAAGCAAUAUUUAUUUACUUCAGACAACUGCAACACUAAAAAUAUAUAAUCCUGUAUCAUUUAACGUGCAUGUUGAAAUUAUAACAUUUAACUUAACACAGUUUUUUAAUUGUUCCUUUGUGCAUGUAUUCAGAAAUUCAGUCUAUUCCUCACAAUCAUAUAAAAAAAUAAAGGUGUUUUUGAUUUGUCAAUACAUGCAUUGUGUUUAUGCAAUAUGCGUGUUGUUACUAGCCUACUUUUUUUUAGUACUGUUCUCGGUAUGUUCUUAAGUUUGCUCGUCACCAUACAGCAGAUAAGUCCACAUUGACUACAAUACACGAAGGUAUUUAGCUUUUUUAACAUUUGUAAUGAUAAAGCAUCCCUGAUAGUGUUGCCUUAUAUUAGUGUCCACAUAAAGCCGCCUUUGUUUCACUUUUGCCUGUUCUAAAAUAAAAUAAAAAAUCUAAGCAAAAGCAGUGUAAAUCAUGUCAUAUGUUUUAUUCUUCUUCUUCUUAUUAUUAUUAAAUAAUAGGCACUUGAAAGUCUGAACAACUUGUUGUGGUCUGUAAGCGCUCUUUUCGAGGUUAUAACUGUGUUAUUUCAUUUCCUAAAUACAAAACUAGAGUCUUUCGAGCAAAUAAUACCGGCGCGAGAACACUGUGCAGCAGGGGCUCCGCGCGCGCCUCUCCACUAUUAACUUUCAGUGUCUUCCUUCUCAUCCAACUCUUACUUUGUGCUGUACUUAAUUCCAUAUUUUCAAUUCCCGAUCACUACUUUCCUCUUUCUCGUUCUCCAUCUAUCCAUCCAUCCCUCCCUCCUUCACUAUCUCCCUCCUCCCUCUCUCUCUCCUCGGCUCUCUGCUGAAUCUUAUUGAUCCAGAAGGUGGCUAAUUAGCCCUUCCCGUCGUGCCUGUGUAAUGAAGCACAUGCGCACUGAAUUAAUCACAGCCAUUUUUUGCAGGAAACUAAUUAGCAGGAAUAAAGAUCCAAAGAGUUUUUUUCUUUUCAAUCAUCAGAUCUCACUUUCACCUCUUCCUCUCUCCCUCUAACACGAGACUCAUCGCCUGCUUUGCAUCCAAAUUAUUUUUAUAUUGCCUUUACAACUAAUACUCCGGGUUUUUACUCUCCGCAACAACAAUGAUCUUUCUUUUACCAUCAUCCUAAACGCAAACUGACCAAAAGGGACUGCCUUGAUGGGAUCUUUAGCCAAAGCGUCUCAAUACUGGAUUAAAAAGCAAGGAUCACAAAGCGGCAGCCAAACAUUGCCUGGAUGCGAUGAACGCCUCAUGUAGGCAUCAGCAUGGAAAGCUGUGAGUCUCCCGUGGUUUCUGGGACAGACGAUGGGCUUGGCUCCUCCGCCCCAUCCCAGCAGCAGCACCAUCCACAACCCUGGAACGAUCACCCUAACACACAGGUCCCACCUUGUAACCAGUCCCCUUCCUUGGAUUCUCUGUCUCUCUCUGCAUCCCAAGCAGCCCAGCUCCAGAAUCCUAGCACACCCUGUGAGACUGUAAGAGAACAGCAGCAGCAAACACUGUCACAGGCUCCCAGCGAUAAUUCCACUACCAGGCAGCUGCACCCCAGAAGACAGGGGUUAGAGGAGGAGGAGCAGGAGGGAGUGAGCUGUGGAGAAGAGGACGAAGACUUAGAAGAAUUGGAUGAAAUGGAGAUUGACAGCUGUUUUCCUAGUCUGAACCCCUUCCCUGGUGUACCUAUGGUGCCAAGUGGAGGGGGCAUGCCCUUGCUCAUGCGGCAACAGCCCUCCCAUCGGAGUGGAGCCACAGAGAGUGGGAGCGAAGAAGGAGAGGAAGAGGAGGAAGACGAGAGUAGUGAUGUGGAAAACCUGGCUGGAGAGAUAGUCUACCAGCCUGAUGGCUCUGCCUACAUUGUGGAGAGUCUCAGCCAGCUGAUCCAAAGUGAUGGGAGCAUGGAACCAGGCCUGCUCCCUUCAAACUCUAUCCCCAGUGGGGGAAAACCAGAGGAACCUGCGGGGACCUCUUCUUCGGUGUACCCUCAGAUCAUCAACACGUUUCAUAUAGCCUCGUCUUUUGGAAAAUGGUUCGGCUCCUCAGACCAAGGUUUCCCCAAUACCUCAACCCUGGCAGGCCUCAGUCCUGUCCUGCACAGUUUCCGCGUCUUUGAUGUGCGGCACAAAAGCAACAAAGAUUACCUGAACAGCGACGGGUCUGCCAAGAAGUCCUGCGUAUCCAAAGAUGUUCCCAACAACGUGGAUUUCUCCAAAUUUGACGGCCUGGCUCUUUAUGGGAAAGGCAAGCCCAUCCUCAUGUGUUUCCUCUGCAAGUUGUCUUUUGGCUACGCACGCUCCUUUGUCACUCAUGCAGUCCAUGACCAUCGCAUGACCCUGUGUGAGGAUGAGCGCAGGCUCUUAGGCCACCAGCAUGCAUCUGCAAUUAUACAGGGCAUUGGGAAAGACAAAGAACCACUCAUUAGCUUCCUAGAACCAAAAAAUAAAAGCUCUCCUCCACCGCCAACCCUGGUACCCAUGAACUCAGGCCAGAGUUUCUAUGGCACGUUCAGUGGGAUUCAUUUAGAAGGGAGCAGCAGUAGUGUGGGAGAUGAUAACCUCCUCAACAAAGACUCUGACUCGUGUCUCCAGCAACAAGCCCUCCUCACGCUGGGGGCUCUUGGCAGCCCCAGAACCUCCCAUACCUCUACCCCAGGCCCAGCCAAAGACUCCAACACUCUGUCCAAGCAGGGUAGGAGAACAGAGGGGUCUGUGGGGAAAGAGGGGACUCAUAGAGGGGAGGAUGGGGAUGCAGAAAUCUGUGAAAGGAAGGCUCUCCUUCACGGUGAGGAGAUGGCCUCAGAGGAAGAGGAUGAACUUCUUUUAGAAGAAGAGGAUGAAGAUGUAGAGGAUGAAGGCACUACACUGGCCUGUAGUGGAAGUAGCAGCAUCGGUGGCGGAUUUAUGGGGGAACUGGCUGUCUCAAACCAAAGCAUCUCCAAAUCUCCUUUAUUAAUGCCUAGUAGCGCUUUCCAGCCUUCAGCUUGUCUCUCUGCAGCCAGCCCCGCACUCAGCAGCAAAGCCUCCGCUUCCAUGUCCUCCUCUUCUAUCAGAGGGUCAGAGGAUGGGAUGGCUGCAGACAGUGUAGGAACAACUUUAGAUCUCUCUCUAAGCUUUAACUGCCAGGGGUCUACAGUCCCCGCGGCAAUGGCGGCAGUCGCAGACAGAGGGGGUGAAGAGGAUGGGGCUGCAUGUUCCUCUGAGAGCACAUCCUCCCCUCUUGCAUCCAAUGCUGCUGCUGAGGAAAGUGCCAAUCGAGAUAGUGCCACAGCUCCUGAACCAAAUGAAUGCCCAGCAGAGGGAGAUGAGGACAACGGUGCCCUCCUCCACCACCACCACCACCUUCACCACCAUCACCACCACACGCACCCUUCACCCAAUGCUCACAUGCACCUCCACCACACAGCUGCUUGUGACAUGUCAGGAAUAACUGAAUGCACCCAGAACCAUGGGGCUGGGGGCAGUGCAGGGAGUGGGGUGGAGUGCCCGAAGUGUGAUACUGUCCUAGGCUCCUCUCGUUCACUGGGUGGCCAUAUGACCAUGAUGCACUCACGGAAUUCGUGCAAGACACUGAAAUGUCCCAAGUGCAACUGGCACUACAAAUACCAGCAGACCUUGGAGGCCCACAUGAAGGAGAAGCACCCUGACUCUGGAAACUCCUGUGUGUACUGUAGCAGUGGACAGAGUCACCCUCGCCUUGCCCGUGGUGAGAGCUACACUUGUGGCUACAAGCCCUUCCGCUGUGAGGUCUGCAACUAUUCCACUACCACCAAAGGCAACCUAAGCAUUCAUAUGCAGUCUGACAAGCAUCUUAACAAUAUGCAGACAUUACAAAAUGGAGGAACUAUUCCAACCGCUGGUGAACAGGUGUUUGGGCAUGCACCUGGAGGCGUGGUACCUGUUUCUUCUGCUACCCAGGCCAGCAGCCAUCAUCCUAGUCAUCACCAUCAUCCAGCGCAGUCCUCCACCCACAUGGCAGGGCCCUGUGGUGCCCCUUCACCUACCAAGCCAAAAAGCAAACCCACCUGGCGGUGUGAGGUGUGCGACUAUGAGACCAAUGUAGCACGCAACCUGCGCAUCCACAUGACAAGCGAGAAACACAUGCACAACAUGAUGCUGCUUCAGCAGAACAUGACCCAAAUGCAGCAUGGCCGGCUUGGUCUAAACGCCAUGCCUUCACCCUCAGAGGCUGAGUUGUACCAAUACUACUUGACCCAAAACAUGAGCCUGCCACCGGGCCUUAAGAUGGACCCAUCUGGAGCUGAUGCCCAGUUCUUGCUUGGAGGUUUUCAUCUGGACCACAACAUGGCAGCUCUUGCCCCAACAUUAGUUGGAGGGGACAUUGCAAUGGAUUUACGCCUGAGUGGGGGACAGCUGGUCUCAGAGGAGCUGAUGACCUUGGGUGAAAGCCUAUCCCAGACCAGUGACCCCUCCCUCAAACUCUUCCAGUGCGCUGUGUGCAACCGCUUCACUACCGACAACCUGGAUGUGCUUGGCCUGCACAUGGGCGCUGAGCGUUCGCUCCCAGAGGAGGAGUGGAGAGCGGUGGUGGGUGACUCGCACCAGUGCAAGCUGUGCCACUACACUACACAGCUCAAGGCCAACUUUCAACUGCAUUGCAAGACUGACAAACAUGUGCAGAAGUAUCAGCUGGUGGCACACAUCAAGGAAGGCGGCAAGGGCAAUGAGUGGCGCCUCAAGUGCGUGGCCAUUGGCAACCCUGUGCACCUCAAAUGCAAUGCCUGCGACUACUAUACCAACAGCCUGGAAAAAUUGCGGAUGCACACGGUCAACUCCCGCCAUGAGGCCAGUCUCAAGCUGUACAAGCAUUUGCAGCAGCACGAGAACGCUGUGGAGGGCGAGUCGUGCUACUACCACUGUGUUCUGUGUAACUACUCCACCAAGGCCAAGUUGAACCUCAUCCAACACGUCCGUUCCAUGAAGCACCAGCGCAGCGAAAGCCUGCGAAAGCUGCAACGCCUGCAGAAGGGCCUGUCCGAGGAAGAGGAGGAGUUGAGUGCCAUCUUCACCAUUCGUAAAUGUCCGUCUGCCGACACAGGAGAGCUGAGUGAGGAUGUGGAGGCUGCCAGUGAGACCACCACAGAUCAGGAGGACCAAACCAAAGACAGAGAGAGUGGGGGGGAGAGGGAGCUCACCAAAGGGACAGCAUCCAACCAAUCGGAGAGGGAUCAGACGGAUUCCCCGGUCCCCUCCAAGCGGCCUUCUUCAAGGUCCGAGGCAGCAGAAAGCCCCCUCUCGUCAAAACGACCCAGGACCGCUGAGAAGAGCAGUGGAGAGCAGAUGUACCAGUGCCCCUACUGCAAGUUCAGCAACACAGAUCUGAACCGGCUCAGAAUGCACGUGAUGACGCAGCACUCAGUGCAGCCCAUGUUCCGCUGCCCGCUGUGCCAGGACAUGCUCAACAACAAGGUCCACCUGCAGUUCCAUCUCACUCACCUCCACAGCGUGGCACCAGACUGCGUCGAAAAGCUAAUUGCCACAGUGGCAGCAUCAGAAGUACUGCCAGCAAGUAUUUUCAUACCAGUCCCUGGAGCAGAAAAGGAUACUCAAACCACACCUCAGUCAAUGGUCAACUCUGAUGACAUUAAGAAACAAACAGAGAUGGCAGAUGUUGAGCCUGAAAAAGGAGUUUGUCUGGCCUCAGACACUGCUGAAGCUCACAAGUCUCCUCUUGAGGAACAGCAGCCUGGAAGAGAUGAUUCCACUGGUUUCCUCUGCUGGAAAAAGGGCUGUAACAAAGUCUUUAAAUCCUCCAAUGCCCUUCAGAUGCACUUCAAUGAGGUCCACAAUAAAAGGCCCCAACUUCCUGUCUCUGAUCGUCAUGUCUACAAAUAUCGCUGCAACCAGUGUAGCUUGGCAUUCAAGACAAUAGAGAAACUUCAGCUGCAUUCCCAAUACCAUGUAAUCAGAGCAGCUACAAUGUGUUGUUUAUGCCAGCGUAGCUUCAGGACCCUACAGGCACUUAAGAAGCAUCUGGAGACCAGUCACCUGGAGUUAAGUGAAGCUGACAUCCAGCAGCUCUAUGGAGGUUUACUGAUGAAUGGAGACCUAAUGAUUAUGGGUGAUCCCUCACUUGGAGAAGACCAGGGAGCUCUUCUUGAUGAUGAGAAAGAGGGAGACGAAAGUGAUCCUGAGGAAAAGCAAAGCCCAACUGGUAGUGACUCUGGAUCUUUGCAAGAAGAUUCUGGAUCUGAACCCAAACGAGCCCUGCCAUUUAGGAAAGGCCCCAACUUUACAAUGGAGAAGUUUCUUGAUCCAUCCCGUCCUUUCAAAUGUACAGUCUGCAAAGAGUCAUUUACCCAAAAGAAUAUUCUUCUUGUACACUACAACUCUGUGUCUCACUUACACAAAGUCAAAAGGGCCCUACAGGAAUCCACCACUGGUCAGCCAGAGCCCACAAGCAGCCCUGACAAUAAACCCUUCAAGUGCAGCACUUGCAAUGUAGCAUACAGCCAGAGCUCUACACUGGAGAUUCACAUGCGCUCUGUUCUUCACCAAUCCAAGGCCAGGGCAGCAAAGCUUGAAGCAGCAGGUGGCACAUCUAGUGCUGUAAGCAGUAGUGGCCCAAGUGGAAGCACUUCUAAUAGCACUUCAACCCCAAGCCCUAUUCCAGCCACUAACUCAACUACCACCUCCAGCAACAGCAGCAGCUCUCCAGCUGGAGCUCAGACAGCACAGAGCAUCAUGGGAGGUAAUCAUCUGUCAAGUCAUUCUCACAAUGUUGAGAAUUUGGGAAACUCAACUUGUCAUCCCUCUCCUUCUGAAAAUAAUGAAGUGAAAAAGAAGAAAUUUGCAGAUAUGCUAUCUUCGAGGAGUCAUCAGCAACAACUCCAGCAACAGCAGCAGCAGCAGUUAGCCCAGGCUCAGGCACAGGCACAGGCUCAGUUCCAACAAGAGCUCCAGCAGGCUGCUCUCCUUCAGUCCCAGCUUUUUAACCCUCUUCUCCAGCACUUCCCUAUGACAACAGAUGCUCUUCUUCCUCUUCAGCAACAGCAGCUGCUUUUUCCAUUUUACAUUCCUGGGGCAGAAUUUCAGCUUAAUCCAGAAAUGAAUCCAAGUAGCUCUUCAUUAAACUUGAGUGGAUCUACUGCUUCACUAUUGGAAGAACAGAAAAACACUGCCCAGCAGGCCCAGCAAAGCUGCUUACAACAACAGCUUAUGCACCACCACCUUCAGCAACAGCACCAAGCUCAUUCCCACUCCCAAGGGUCAAGCCAAAUGGCUUUACUUCAGCAGAGUGCCCUCUCUCACCCUGUAGACAAAAAGCCAAAGCCAUCUCCUCACACCGGGAAGGAAAGAGAGUUGCCAAAGGAUAAAGAAAUUAGUGAUAAAGCUGAGGAUCAUGUUCCAAAAGAUAUGUCAGACAAGUCCAAUGAAAAGAAAGAUGCUCCUCAAGCUGUUGUAAAUGUGAACCAUGACUAUGGAUUUCCUCCUCCAAGGAUUGCCUCAGAUGCCAGAGGGAAUGCCACUAAAGCCCUACUGGAAAAUUUUGGCUUCGAGUUAGUAAUUCAGUACAAUGAGAACAAGCAAAAAGCACAAAGAAAGUCAACGGGAUCUCUGUCAGGAUGCAGUAGGUCAGCUGGUAUCACUAGAGUGGUUGACCCCAUUGAAGGAUUAGAGAAACUGGAGUGUGAGUCUUGCGGUAAAUUCUUUUCCAACAUAUUGAUUCUCAAGAGUCAUCAGGAGCAUAUCCACCAGGCUUUCUUUCCAUUCAGAUUCCUAGAGAGAUUUGCCAAAGAGUACAGAGAACAAUAUGACAAGUUGUACCCACUGAGACCUCAGACACCCGAAGCUGCUCCACCUCCUCCACCGCCCCCACCCCCACCUCCGCCUCCCCAGAGGGUACCAACACCAAAUAUACCUGUUUCUGCUCCUACCCAGACACCACCAACUGUUACAACCCCUCAACCCCCAGUUUCACUGGCCCAAAUUCCAAUGCCAAUGGAUCUCCCUCUCUUCUCUCCACUUAUGAUGCAGCCCAUGUCACUCCAGUCAUUACCUUCUCAGAUUCCUGCCCAACUGCCAGCUGUGGAGCCCAGUCUGGCCACUGAUCUGGCCCAGCUCUACCAACAGCAGCUUACCCCUGCCAUGUUGCAGCAACAGAAUAAGAGACCCCGUACCCGUAUCACAGAUGACCAGCUAAGGGUGCUCCGCCAAUAUUUCGAUAUCAACAACUCUCCCAACGAGGACCAAAUUAAGGAAAUGGCAGAUAAAUCAGGACUCCCCCAGAAAGUCAUCAAGCACUGGUUCCGCAAUACACUCUUUAAAGAGCGACAACGCAACAAAGACUCACCUUAUAAUUUUAAUAACCCUCCAAUUACAACUCUUGAAGAUACCAAAAUUGAUUCAAAGCCACCCUCCCCUGAGCCUCAAAAGCCAGAAUCAUUUGGAAAUAAGAGGUCCUCAAGGACAAGGUUCACAGACUACCAGCUGAGGGUACUGCAGGAUUUCUUUGAUGCUAAUGCUUAUCCUAAAGAUGAUGAAUUUGAGCAGUUAUCCAAUCUUCUGAGUCUUCCAACUAGAGUCAUUGUUGUGUGGUUCCAAAAUGCCAGACAGAAAGCCCGUAAGAAUUAUGAGAACCAGGGAGAUGGAGGAAAAGAAGGUGAUCGACGUGAGUUAUCUAAUGACCGAUACAUUCGUACUACCAACUUAAACUAUCAGUGCAAGAAGUGCAGCCUGGUUUUCCAGCGCAUAUUUGAUCUUAUUAAACACCAAAAGAAGCUCUGUUACAAAGACGAGGAGGAAGAUGGGCAAUAUGACAGUCUAAAUGAGGACUCUUUGGAUCUCUCUCAUGAAUACUAUACUCUAUCUGGGUCAUCAGGUCAAACACCAGUGCCCACAUCUUCAAGCCUCUGUCCUCUUCCCCCUUCAUCCUCUGCAUUCUCUAACAUCACAUCAUCUGAAAACGAGGAGCCUACACCAGCUAACACAUCAAACUUGUUUGAUGAAAAAUCAAAACACUCUUCAGAAGCAUCAUUCGCCCAAAGAGAACAUACAUCUUUCAAACAGGAACAGGAAACCAUUCAUCCAUCUGAGACUCCACAGCAGAGACCACAAAGAGAGGAAAAAACACAUACAGUCCCAAAGAAUUCAAAGCUUUCUUCACCUUCCCUGUCCCAACAGCAACAGCACAGUGGUCCCUCCAUUUCACAUAACAGUCAGAUCUCUCAGAGCUCCCACAUGGCCCUUAAUCCUCAUUUAGCCUCUGCCUCACAGCAGCAGUUGGCCCAGCAAAUGAUCCCAUACCAGUGUGAGCAGUGUAAACUUGCCUUCCCUUCAUUUGAACACUGGCAGGAACACCAGCAACUGCAUUUCCUGAGUAUCCAAAAUCAGUUCAUUCAUCCUCAGUUUUUGGAUCGCCCAAUGGACAUGUCCUUUAUGUUGUUUGAUCCCAGCAAUCCUCUGCUUGCUAGCCAGCUCCUUGCAGGAGCAAUACCUCAAAUGUCCAGCAACUCUGCCACCUCCCCAUCAACACCUACAUCCACUAUGAACUCCCUGAAGAGGAAAUUGGAGGAGAAGGCAGGAACUAGUCCAGGAGAAAGUGACAGCAUGAAUAGUGGAGAGGAGCCACAACGAGACAAGCGCCUCCGAACCACUAUUACACCAGAGCAACUAGAGAUUCUGUACCAGAAAUAUUUGCUUGACUCCAAUCCUACUCGUAAAAUGCUUGACCACAUUGCUCAUGAAGUGGGGCUUAAAAAACGAGUGGUACAGGUAUGGUUCCAAAACACAAGAGCCAGAGAAAGAAAAGGUCAGUUUCGUGCUGUUGGGCCAGCUCAAGCCCACCGGCGCUGCCCAUUUUGUCGAGCCCUAUUCAAAGCUAAAACUGCCCUCGAGGCCCAUAUUCGUUCACGCCACUGGCAUGAAGCUAAACGUGCUGGUUAUAACCUAGUGCUUUCCGGUAUGCUACCUGAACAGGAGGCCAUGCAGUUGAAGAUGGAUCCUCUGGAUAUCUCCAGCUAUGCUCAUCUUGCCCAGUCUAACAAUGAUGUGCAAAGUUCAUCACUGUCACCUGUGAGCAAAAGCAUGGACUUGUCUCCCAGGGCUCUCCUGAGCCCAACAUCUAUCAAAGUUGAGGGAGCAGAGGAGUUUGAAAGCCCAACCAUUUCCUCAGUAAACACAAACUUUGAUCAACAUAAGCUUGAUAACGAUGAUUGUUCGUCUGUGAAUACAGCCAUCACUGACACUACCACUGGUGAUGAGGCAAACAUUGACAAUGAUAGUGCUGAUGCAAAGCACAGCCAUAACAGUGGAGAUUUUCUCUCUAAGUCUGGGGGUGCAGUCCCCUCCAUUGAGAACGAUGAACAAAUGUCCUCAGGACUGGUGAGCCCUGCAACAAGCUUCUAUACAAAAGACUUUGAAAAUGAACAUAUUAUAGACUACAGUGAAACAUCUAGUCUGGCCGACCCUUGUUCACCAAGUCCAGGAGCCUCUGGUAGCAGAAGCAUUGAUAGUGGAGACAGGCCUGGUCAAAAACGCUUCCGAACACAGAUGACUAAUCUUCAGCUUAAGGUGCUCAAGUCUUGCUUCAAUGAUUAUAGGACUCCAACCAUGCUGGAGUGUGAGGUACUUGGCAAUGACAUUGGACUUCCAAAGAGAGUUGUUCAGGUUUGGUUUCAAAAUGCCCGUGCUAAGGAAAAGAAAGCUAAGCUCAGCAUGGCUAAGCACUUUGGUAUCAACCAGACUUCUUACGAGGGACCUAAGACAGAAUGCUCUUUGUGUGGUGUUAAAUACAGUGCUCGCCUGUCAGUACGAGACCACAUCUUUUCCCAGCAACACAUCUCCAAAGUAAAGGAUACCAUUGGAAGUCAGCUCGAUAAAGAGAAAGAGUACUUUGAUCCAGCGACGGUUCGUCAGCUGAUGGCACAGCAGGAGAUGGAUCGUAUCAAGAAAGCAAAUGAGGUCCUGGGACUAGCACAACAACAAGCCAUGCAGCAACAAGGGAUGUUUGACACACCUGCUUUGCAAGCAUUGAACCUUCAGUCAGGUUACCCAAAUCUACAGGGGAUCCCCCCUGUUCUCCUGCCAGGUGUUGGUGGUCCCUCCAUACCAGGCUUUAACUCAUCCAACUCAGCUAUAACCCCUCCGAAACCUCCAAACCUCCUGAACAUGCCUGGUGCCAGCAUUCCCUCACCUAGUCUCCCCACAUCUGGUUUACCCAACAAGACCCCUUCCUCCUCUUCAUUGGCCUCACCCAGCCAAGCUCAGGCCAGCACAUCUGUCGCACACUCAAGCCCUACCCCCACAUCCACAUCAAACUCUUUGAUGACCCAGCCAGGCCUUCAUCCUGAAGCUCCUAAAGAUCGUGUUCCUGAAAGGGCCAGGGAGAAAGAGAAACCCAAGGAGAAGGCUGAGAAGCCCACCACACCAUCCUCAGCUGGGGGUACUUCUGCUCCCUCCACUUCUGCUGCCAGUGCCAAGAAAGAAAAAACAGACACUGCUGUUCCGGCCACCUCGAUGCCAACACCUGGCAUGGAGUAUGUGGUUGAUACUGCCCAACUUCAAGCUCUGCAAGCAGCUUUAGCUUCAGAUCCAACAGCUCUGCUAACAAGUCAGUUCCUACCCUACUUUAUGCCUGGCUUCUCUCCAUAUUAUGCCCCUCAGAUACCAGGUGCUCUUCAAGGAGGAUAUCUUCAGCCCAUGUAUGGCAUGGAAAGUCUUUUCCCCUACAACCCAGCUUUAUCACAGGCCCUGAUGGGGCUGUCACAAGGAUCUCUGCUUCAACAUUACCAGCAAUAUCAGCAGAGCCUGCAGGAGGCACUUCAGCAGCAGCAGAGGCAACUUCAGCAGAUCCAGCAACCCAAAGCAAGCCAAACUUCACAAAACUCGGUGGACCGUAAGGACUCUGUCAAAGAUACAGUAAAAACAGAGGAGCAAAAGAGCACUCCCUCAUUUGAAGCCUCUUCCUCUUCCACUCACAACAACCUAGCCACUGAGCAGUAUGAAAUGGAUAGCAAAGGUGCAGACCCCCAUCUUGACCAAUAUAUCAUCCCUAAAGUUCAGUAUCGGCUGGCGUGCCGCAAGUGUCAAGCUGUCUUCAGCAAGGAGGAAGCGGCUAUUAGCCACCUCAAGUCAAUUUGUUUUUUUGGUCAGUCUGUGGCAAACCUGCAAGAGAUGUUGCUUCGGGUCCCAAACAGCGGGAAUGCAGCAGAGGUCAGCCUUUAUGACUGCCUCGCCUGUGACACCACACUAAAAGGGGACAAAGCGCUCAGUCAACACCUGGUUUCAGCCUUGCACAAACACAGAACAAUCAAGAGAUCCAGAAAUGCCAAAGAGCACGCUACUAAUUUAUUACCUCACUCUUCAGCCUGCUUCCCCAGUCCUAACACCGCAUCUACCUCGCAGUCUGCCACUCACUCAAACAACACCCCAUCCCCUCCACCAACAACGUCAGCCACUACACCAUCUUCAUCAGCGUCUGCAUCUUCAUGCACCUCCUCCUCCUUCACAGCCACUCCACUCAACACAAUAGCUACAGGCAAAUCAUGGUCCCAGACCCCUUUCUCCAGAGCUUUAGCUGGGAAGUCCAAUCUCCCUUUGUCUGCAUUGUCUUCUUUUCCUCCAGUUUCCUCUCCUUCAACGGUUACCUCAAGUUCAUUGAGCACCUCAGGGGUCCAGACCUCGAUACCAACAGACGUCUUUUCCGACGAGUCUGAUUCUGACAGCAGUCAGAAGUCAGCAGACAGGCUGGGCAGGCCAGCAGAGGAGCCACAACAGCUUAGCUGUCUCAAAGACAGCAGUAGUUGUAGUAGUAAUGUCGCUAGUGUAGGAUCGGACUCCAUCAGAUUGUAAAAGCUUUCAGUGAUGAACAAUAUAUAUAUAAAAAAAAAAAAAAAAAAAAAAAACAGAAGACGAAAGAAAACAAAAGAAAAAAAAAAACAAGAAGAGCAGCAAAGUUUCAAAAUAUGUUUAAAGUAUACAAACCAAUUUCAGAAAAAGAUGUGUAAAGACUAACUGCAAUUCCAAAGCUUGUAACCAAAAAUUUUAAUGUUAGUGGAUUGUUUUCCCAUAUCAACAUGCUGGUUUUAGUUUAUUACAACUCUUUAUAUAUAUAUAUAUAUAUAUAUAUAUAUAUAUAUAUAUAUAUAUAUAUAUAUAUAUAUAUAUAUAUAGAUCACAGCAGUUAACAGUCGAUUAUUUCUAGUGGAAUGCUGUAUUGCAGUGGACUGCCUCAAAGUUAUUGGAAUGGUCCCACGAUUCUCUCAACAAAGAACAAGUCAACAAAUGUCCCUUAUUUGCAUAAGUAUUUCCACUUAAUAGCACAGUCACAUAAAGCCAGUAUGUACUGUAUGGGACAAUAGUCUUACAGUUUGCUUGCUAUCUAAGCAUUCAGAUACCAAUGGCUUGCUAAAGAAAAUACAAAUAAUGUCUAUUUUAUUCUCAGGUCAACAGCUCACAACCUUUUCUUGUGUUACAGAAAGUCAUUAUUUAAUGAAUUUUGUUCCAAACAAAUGAUAGACAUUUCUGUUUUUGUAUCACAUUUAUUGGCAUAAAGUAUUCAGAAAUGAUACUAACUCAACUAAAGAUUAUGGGCAUUCAAUGAGAAGCUGAAUUGCUGGUUUUAAACCUUAAAUAUUAUCAUUUUAUUUUUUAUUUUAUUUUUAUUUUUAAUGGGACAGUUACUUAUCCCAUUUUACCCAGACACAAAGAGCAUUGCAGACUUGUAGGGGGGGCAUUUUGUUUUUGUUUUUUUAGGAAAAAAACUUUUUUGUAUUUAUGAUAGAUAUAUACAUUUUUGGUGUUCAGUAGAUUGUUGCAUUGGAAAUGAAUUUAAACAGUAUGGUAGACUGAAAAAUCUUUGUGUACAUUUAGCUUUUGUGUCGUCCAACUUUAAGGCGCUUCAUUUGUUGUUGUCUUGGUUAUUCCAAUAGACUAGAUCAAGGAGCAGGAAACAAUCUCUACUCUAUUUCUGUCCAAUUCUCAGCUUCUGGUUUUUGUUCUCCCAGCUGAAUCUCUUUGUCACAUGGGGUUUCUCACCUUUGGUUGGUGCAGCAUUGACCAAAACCGAAGAGAAAUCUGGGGUGUGUUUGAAAAUUGUUCAGAUAUUUGUGUUACCUUAGUGCACUUACCACUGUCUGAAUUUUUCUUUUUCUAUCCAUCUGUUCCUCCUUUUUCAUCUUUCUGUAACCCCUGCCUUUGUAGAUUUGGAGAUAACUGCCUCUCCUUCAGCACUACAAAGUAGAUACUUGUUUCCAUGUAGAGUGGCUACUGUCUGCUAUAGGUUUUAUGUUCAUUUCAAAUUUUGUGUUGCCAUAUAUGAAAAUGAAAAAAUAAUAAUAAUAAUAAUAAUAAUAAUAAUAAUGCUCAUGCUUUAAAACAAAAAGAAAAUCCAAAGACUUAACACUUACACCAUUGGUGCACAAAGAUGAGAAAAGAGGCUUCUUUAUACUUGAGAAUUUGUUGCUGUUUUUAAGGAAAGAAAACAAAGUUUUAAAAUAAAAGAAGUACGCAUCAAGAGUUGCCGUUUUUGCUUCUUUGCAAGCAGACAGGUGGCAUUUUUACGUCAAAUACAAAGAAAACCAAAAAUCAAAAAGGGCCCUUGUCCUUGCAUUGUGGAGUAGCACCGUUACAGAGCCAUUGCAGUUUGUAAAAUAGAGGUUUUGUUGAAGUUUCAGUCACAUAUGUAAUCAGUUUUUUUCUUUUGUUGUCUUUCUGUAAAAAAAAAAGAAAAAAAUAAACAUAAAUAUAUAUAUAUAUAUAUAUAUAUAUAUAAGGUCUGGUCUUUGAGGACAUGUUUUGCUGCUAAUGUAGAUUUGGAAAGGAAGAGUACCUAGAUGCAUGCUCCUUUUGCUUUUUGGCUAAGCUUUAAGAAAAAAUAAAACAAACAAUGAACCAUUUCCCUGCCCCUGCAAAAUCUUUUUUUUUUCUGUUGAAAAUAACGGAACUUUGAAAACUGUGAAUAUAUGUUCCAAAGGACAUUUUGGCUUUCCUUUUCUUUCUUUUUUUCUUUUUUUUUUUUUGAACAGACCAAUGUUAAAAGUCAAUGAUCUAUAACGUUUGUGAAAAUAACAGUGCAUUCCAAAUACUACACCAGAGUUUUAAUUUCUGAAACGAGGACUGCUUCUUUUUAUUCAAAUUGAGUAUAAUUCUAUUUUAUCCCAUUUCUAAGGUGAUUGUAAGCUGUUUUGCAACUCUGCCAUCAUGGUUUGCUGAAUAUCCAGUUAUGAUGUGUUGAGAGUGAACAGAAUCCCUGCAGCCAUUAAAUGACAUUACUCACUUGAACUAGAUCACCAAGUCAUAGUGGUUACCAAAAAUGUACAUACUGCAACCUGUCGGGCACUUAUCUUAUCUAACCUGAUUUGGUGUCAUCAUGCUUCUUGAUUCAUAACUAGUCUCAGAACGAAAGGCUGUUUGGCAAAGUCAGCCUCUCCUCCUGGAAAAGCAAGUAGGGGAAUUUGUUGUCUGUAGGGUGUAAAGCCAUUUUCAUGCUGGAAAUGUCUGUUGUGGUUCUGUAAGGGGCAUUUUCAUUCCAAAGCAUUAUGAGACUGGGGAAAGCAGGAUUUGUAUUAGGUGUCCCUUGUUUUGCAUGGACGUGUCCAAAGAGAUCCCUCACUCCAAAUUAUUGCGAUGGAAAUGUUUGCGUUUAACCGAAAUGGCCCCCAUUCAAUCGUAAAUGGAUAUUUACAUGCUAUUGCAGUUGGGUUCCUUUGAUCUGCAAGCUGAUCCACUCCUCACAAUCCAUGUUAUCUAUAAUAUUGUUCAUAAUUAUUUUUUAGAAGCCUGAUAUUGUAUAGUUUAUUUUUGAAUGCUUUGCAUUGUUUUGGUCUCAGAUAAUAUCUUUAUGGUUGUUUUCAUGUAACUGUAUGUUUUAUUUUGUUUUGUUUUUGUUGUUGUCCAUUUAUAAAUUAAUGUUGCAAUGCCAGCUUUAAAUUGAAAUCUCAUCUAUUUGUUUUCUAUCAUUCUCUGGCCACUUUAUGGUGUUACAAUGUUCCUAUAUUUGUUUGUCUUGACACAGUUGUAUCUCUUGCUUCCAAAGUGUUCUCGUUUUUUAUAGGCUCUUGUGUGGGGCAGAAUUCCUCACUGUUUCAGCCAGCAUGGACUUUGUAUGUGCGAGCGUGAGUGUGUGUGUGUGUGUGUACAUGUGUGUUUCAUAAGAGCCAGCAUCAGUCUGAGUUUUUAUACUUUGUAUUCUAUUUUCUACUUUUAUUUCGCACCAAAACAUACUGAACUGCAAGGGUUUGAAAAGUCCGAUUUUCACAAUAAUUGCGUAACGUGGUGAAAGAAGAUACCGAAGCACUGAGCAGUUAUUAUUUUCAUUAGUGAAUGUGGCCAAAGCGUAAUGCAGUCGAAAACACGAAAAACUUUAGUUGGUGCCCCUGAUGAGUGUAUAUUUAUUGUGGUUAAUCCUACAUGUGGCUGAUAUGCAUCAACUCUCAUUGGGAUACUUGAUUUAUUUUAUUGUUUAUUUUUUUGGACAUUUUGCAAAGAGAGAACGAAAACGACAGGUUUUGCUGUAGAGGUCAUCCUUUUGCCCACUGUGAAAAUUAACAUGUAUACAGAUAUAGAUAUAUUUAAAGAAGACAUCAACACUUUUCUUUGAAAUGACAAAGAAGGAAAUAAAGAGAAACGAACUCUGGGAAACUUGAGAGAUGUCAUUGAGAUGACAGAGAAGGCUGUUGUUGACACACCAAAACUGGGCAUGGGAGCCAAAGGCAGGGCAGACGCGCCCCGAUAUCAAGUCAUUAUUUAAAUAACACUAUAUGCCGAUGGGAGUGGACUCUGCAACCAGUGGACAUAUGUGACACGGAGAGGAAUUUAUCUCCUUUUUCUCUCUCUGGUUCUGCAUCUACUUGGACAUUUUCUGCACUUCUGAACGGGAUGGACUCAAACACUCGCAUACGUUGUCUCCCAGUGCACGAUGUUGCUACCUGUUUCAUUUCCUCCUUCCCACUUCAGUGACUGACACAUGAUUCCACUCUGGCGUGGAGUCGACCGGAUCCAUCCAACCAUAAAGAGUGACUUUACUGUUCAAGGGGAGGGGAUUUUCCUGUGUGUCAUUCCUAAGAAAGCAGAUAAACACAAAAAAGCGAAUCAACCAAAAUGAAUAACCAAACUAACAAGCAACCAAAAAAAAAAAAAACGAAAAAAAAAAAAAAAAAAACAUUUGCUCCAGUUUCAAGGAUGAACUGCUGCUGGAGCUUCCUGUUCCUUUAGUGGCUACUGAUGCCACAGCAUUUUGGAUGCUUUUUGUGUUUCCUAUUUUUUUUUCUUUUUUUUCUCUUUCGUUCUCCUCAAAUUAUUCCUCCUCCUCCGAGCCUCACAAGCACGGCUCUGUGGCUCCAGGUAGCCCAUCCGAGGGUAGAACUUACAGCCUUGCAAUGUACAAAAAAGAGCAAGUUAAACCAAAAAUGUUGUUCUUGAUGUCUUUUCUAUACUGUAGUCUUGUUAGCUUUUUGUUACUGUAAUUAUAUGAUGAAGAUUUCCAAACUGUACCAAAUUACAUGGAGACUAACAUACAUAAACCACAUGGACUUUUAAAGAGAAACUUUUGUCACAAAAACCUUGUUGUCCUAGUUAAGUUGAUUGUAGAUGGUAAUUGAAUAUACUCCUUUGAAAAUAUUUCAUCAAGUAUGUUUCUUGCUCAUUGUGAUACAUUAAAAAGUAUGAGCAUUAA